AUGUUUUUCAUACCAAAUCAAAUCACUGGAUGUAUUGAUUAUGAUAAAUUAUCAUUAUUCUUAAAGUAUCAUGGUUCUACUACUAUGGGAAUCGAUUUCAAAAAAAAGUCAACUUCAAUAAUGUCAAACUUUUUCCAUAGAUGGGAUUCAUUAUGUCGUAAAGAGAAUUCCAUUGAAGAAAGAAUUAAAUCAAUUCAUUAUUUAACUUCAAAUGAAAAUAUUUAUCAACAUGUUUUCAUAAUUAAUUCAACAACAACAAAUUAUCAAGUUGAAAAAGAAAAGAAUAUGCUUUCAACUAUUGAAUAUCUUAUUUCAAAUGAUUUAUUAGAUUCAUUUGGAUAUAACUUCAUAUUUAUAAUUAUUGAAACAAUUUCAAAUAUUGUUAAAGAAAAUAAUAAAUAUCAUUGUUUACAUGAAAAUAUAAUUACAGAGUUAGAAUUUCUUGAACUUAUUAAAUUAAUACUUUUAAAAUCAAAAGGAACUCAAAGAGAACGACCAAUUAAAACUCAUAUUAAAGAAGUUUCAAAAUCAAAUGAAUUCUAUAAGAUUUUAUUAUUUUUUGAAAAUAAAGAAACCAACUUUGGUCAAUUCUUUCAAUCAAUUGAAUUUAAAGAAUUUAAAUCAUUGGAAACAAAAUUGGAUAUGAUUGAUAAAAUGUUUUUAAAUGAAAAUAAUGUUAUCAAAAUACUCAAAUUGGGUUAUCCAGAUUUGUUAGCACAAUCAUGUGGUGUUAGAAUAUAUGAACAACUCUUUGAUCUUCUUAUCCUUCCAAAUCAAGAAUUUCAAAUUUUAUUAGGUAGUGCAAUCUUAUUCAAUAGAACUGAUGUCACCCAAUUUCUCUUUGAAACAUUUGAUGUAACCCCAGGUCAACAUCAAUUUUUCUUUGAGGUUUUUACCUAUGGUUCUAUUUGGUUAUUUAAAGAAUAUUCAGAAAUCUUCAAAUAUGAUCCUUUUGCAUACAGAAAAAAAGUUACCUUUAAUCGUUUUAGUUGUCCCAAAUUAUCAUUAGAUAAUAUCAUUAAUGAAUCUUUGAUUAAUGGUCAUGUAGGUUUAUUCAAAGAAAUCUUAAAGAAUUUUCCAACACAUAAUAUUGGUAAAUUAGUUGAUAUAGUUGUUGAAAAACAACUUGAACAAAAACGUCUCAAACAAAAACAAAAACAACUUGAACAAGAACAAGAAGAACAACUCGAACUACAAAAACAAAAGCAAAUUGAACAACAAAUAAAACAAAUUUUCCUCCUAAAAAAACAACAACAUCAACAAAAUCAUUUUUUGUUAACUCUUUUCAAGUCUUAUAUUAAUAAAAAGAGAUUAUUAGAAGACCUAUCUGUUGACCAUGAAAAUAAUAAAAAACAAAAAUCAGAGGAAAAUAAUAAUAAUAACAAUAAUCCAAAUAAUAAUAAUAAUAAUAAUAAUAAUAAUAAUAAUAAUAAUAAUAAUAAUAAUAAUAAUAAUAAUAAUAAUAAUAAUAAUAAUAAUAAUAAUAAUAAUAAUAAAUAA